AUGUCAACAGAACCGAGCAGCAUGCGGCUCCCUGCAGAACUUUGGCUUCGUAUAUUCCAACUGGCUACAGUUGUGCCAGGAAUUCUCGAAAUCGAGGCAUUGGAUCCGUUCGACUCACCGACUGCCUUGCUCCCUCAUUCGGAGUACGAAUGGCUUUCGUCUACAGCGAAAUCGGCACUUGUAACAAAGCGGGCUCUUGUGCAAGUUUGCAAAGAUUUCUAUUGGCUUGCAACCCCUCUCCUAUACGAAGCCGUGUUCAUCGGCCCACCGAAAUCGACCUCAGUUCGCUCCCUUCGAGACGCGAUCCAAAAGUCGAAACAGGUCGCGGAAACCAACACUUCUGGUGGACGCGCUCUUGGAUCGUGGACCCGUCGUUUGGUCAUGACACGCACCAACUACUAUGAUCCAUCUUUUGACGAAGUCGGUUUUCAGUGCUUGGCAGACAUAAUGAGUUGUAUGCCAAACUUGGAAAUACUUUCCGUCCACACUAACGCUCUCGAUCUCUACAUUCCGAGCUUCGUCGUGGACAGCCUAAUUGCGACGUCGAAAUGCUCGUUACGGAAAUUGUAUUUUCAACGAGAUUCCGGCCUCCAUCUCCGCGCGAGCGAUUGUAUAAAUCUCCUCGAGAGCUGUCGCGAACUCCGAGCCGUCUCACUCGGAGACUUCGGUGGAUGCAAGGGCUUGUGCCCAAUUGAUCUGCUGAGAGUCUCAGAGCCUUCCUUUCUGAGCAUCUGCUCUACACCAGCAGGCUGCGCCUCGAAGCACUUAGAACAUACCCCUGCCCGUCCUUCUCUUCGCCACGCUCUCUUCUCCAGACACGGCCAUAACACAGAGAACUCUGUCGCCGCCAUGUGCCAUUUUCUCACCAUCCAGGGCCAAUAUCUCGAAUCAAUCCAGCUGGACGCAAGGUUUACUCCUUACGACUGGACACAGAUCGCGCUCAACCUAUUCGCGGACUACUGCAUUUCACUGACCCACCUCACACUUAUAUUGGGCAGCACGAGCUGGCGCUCUCUGAAUCCCAACGGUCUCACCCUUCCUCCCAUCACUCAUCUAGGACUCUACUUUGAUCGACACCAGGUCAGCAACCCUGGGGACUUUCAUCAGCUCUUCCGUUGCCUCUCCAAUACGCAUGCACCUUCCCUCAAGGUCGUACGCAUCUUGGAACCACGACGCGCGCGCCACUUGAGGCGGUACGUAUCCGAAGGACGUGAUGUGGGAUUUUCGUUCCUGUCCUCCUGUAAAUUCCGCCUUGAAGAUUUCGACGGGCAAUCGAUAUUCCCAAUGCCGACUGCUAGACAGAGCCGUCUUCCUCGCCGUGCGUAUCUCACCUUCUCCAAACAAAGAGGCCUGUUGAGCAAUGUUUUCCAUAGUCCACCAUCCGACAACGACCUAACAAUGUUACUCGCCGGUUCAGGCGUAUGA